AUGCAACUUCGCAGUCGAUCGAAAGAUGUGGACGAUGGUGCAUCCACGUCGACGAGUGUGCCAUUGGUGGACUUGGAAAAAGAGGAAUAUAUAUUCCCGGAGCAUUUAAUAAAGGAUCAAAAUUGGCGACAACAAGCGCUUUCAAACAAAUGUGACAAGCAAGCAACAACGUCAAUGAAUCUUGCGCUGGUUUUUGAUUUUGUUAGCAAGUUCAAUGAUGCGUUCAACUUAACAAAAUUUUCUGAGGAAGAACUGGAUGAAGCAAUUUCAGCAUCGAUCAGUUCAUCAUCAUCUUACACUCUUGUUCGCUUGGUCGUAGAACUAUUGUCUGGAUUCACUUCAAUUGAUUCUUCUCAUCAAAUGAGAAUGUAUCACAGAAAUCGGGUUUAUAGAGAAACGAAUAAUGAAAAUUAUAAUCUUUCUUUGUGGGAGUUUUUCGAUCAUGACUGGAAAGUGUUCACACACGGUGCUUUUGAUCUCGAAAAUUUCUUUGCCUCUUCCAAAGAAAGAGCUGAUCUCUUCAAGUUUAACUCGGAUAUUCGUGCUGUUAUUCUUUAUGAACUUUGUCAGUAUCGAUUAGCAUGUUUUGAUGCACAAAAUGUCAUUGAUUCGACUAUUGAUGAAAGUGAGUCACCCAUGGGUGAUCAGUUACGCACAUCUCCUAUCGGUGGAUUUAAUGACGAAAAGUACUAUUACUUGGGAGGAACAUGGCUAUAUCGAUGGAAGUCGAUUACAAUCAAACACACCAAACGAAAAUCAAAAGUAUCAAAUAAGAGGAGUGUUGAACGUCGAAACACACCGAAAAAGUCACGUAAGGAAACGGAAGAUUGCUUUGUGCAAAAUGAAAAAGUUGAUAAAUUGAAUGAAGAAAUGCACGAACGUCCCAAGAAUGGAGUUGUGAGUAAAAAAAUGGUGACAGAAAUAGAGACGAACAGUGCAAAAGAAAUGUCCGAUUCAAAUAGCGUUGUAGAGGAUUGUGAGCAAUCUGAUUGCACUGAAGUAAAUGGACAAAAACCUUUAAUAUCGAACGGCUGUGGUAAAGAGGGCGAACCUUGUUCUGCUCAAAUCGAUAAGAUGAAUGAAUUGCACGACGGAGCUGUUCGGACAAUCGACAGCGAGAAGCAUAAAAUAAACAAUGAUUCAGUCAAUGAUAGCAGUAAUAUCGAGGACACUAUCAACGCUGAGGAGUAUUUCGAAUGUUUGCGAGUGAAAAAUUUUCUGUGGGAAGUGGUAUGCAAAACUGAAGAUCAUUUGCAUUUCCUGAUUGAAUAUUUCCGUGAAAAUCGUAGAAAGGCAUUAGUGAAGACUUUAAUCGAUGUUGUUCUACCGUCUGUACAAAAGAUAUUCAGCGCGCGCAGGAUCGCCGAGAAGAAACGUAAUCGAUUCGUACCGAUUGAAGUCAAGGAUACCUACCUAAGCAGUCAAGAAAUACGACACAGUCGUCGAUUGGAACAAAAGAAAAUCGAACGUGAAAAACGUUUAGAGAGCCGCGAGGAACGAGCUAAGCAACGUGAGCAACGAAUUGAACAUUAUAAUCUCACAAGGCGAUUGAAGAUGGGAAUGAGUGAACCAUCAACCGGAUCUUCGUUUGAGUGUACUCGUAACGGCGCGUAUGGUCAUUCAAAUAUUUUAACGAAUGAAUCAUAUCGAACCAAUCGUUUAAACGGGAAAGAGAAGGAUUACAGAAGAAGUGCCCGAGCAGUAUAUAACGGUGUGAAUUCGUCUGGGAUGGCCAGCCAUUAUGGUGAUGAUUAUAUAGAGUAUGAUCGCAACAGCAAUGAGCAGUUGCCGAUUGAUGGAAUAUUGCAUAGCGGAGUGACUCAUUCAUAUGCAUAUUCGAAAUAUGGUCUAAUGAAAAAUACGAUCAGUGCAUGUCGGAAUGGUGAUGUCAGUGCGAGUGCUGCUAGAACAAGGCCUAUUGAUUGGAGGUUUUAUCGUGCGAAACGAUCAUCACAUUAUCAGCAGUUCUAUGAUAGUCCUAACGAGUGUGAAUCGCAAUGUUCUUAUGAACAAACCAUGUUAACAACAUACGACGAACAACACUUUCACAACGCUCAUUCAGAAGAAAUUCCGUCGCUAAACACAUCCCAUAAUAACAUCUCUUAUGAUUUUUGUAACACAUCCAACAUGAAUGGCGACAAUCCCAUUCCGUCAGCAGUUGCGGAUAAUGAUCAGAACGAACCAGUUACUACAGACGGAUUUGUGGAUUAUCCAGCUUUCAAAGACGGUCAGUUGCGUUGGUUUCGGAUUGUUGAGCCAACUGGAACUCGUAUUAUCUUACAGCGAAACGAACCGUUCAAGGAGCACGAUUAUUUCUUGCCGACCGUCGAACAAAUCGUCACCAAUAAAUGGAAGUUUUUGGUAGAACCCAUUGAUGAGUCAUCAUCGGAUCAAAAAACCGAAUUUACGCUUCAGUUCGGUCAACAAACCGGUAAGCUAAAGUUAUUUUGA